AUGCAUCACAGCCGCAGAAAGUCGGGCAACACGUCCAUGUCGGAAAAGACGGUCACUGCCAGCGACCCCUCCCGCUAUGGCAAGCGCCCUUCCACUCUCACCAGACGCCAAACACCCCAGAAGCUGGGCAAGAACCCCAGGGACCGCGAACGGGAACUGCAAGACUCGUGGGACGACCAACGCGAAAGUUUUCCUCAGUUCUGCAUGACUUGCGAAAAACAGUUUGUGCCUCAAGACGCCAACUUCCUGUACUGCUCAGAAGCGUGCCGUAAGCAUGAUCAACAAAGCGCAUCGUCCACUGGCAGGAGCCACAGCCAGGCGCACAUGGGCAGCUACCCCUUCUACGCCAUGGGCAACCCCGAGCCGAGAGACAUCGUGCCUCGCGCAUCGCCCUCGAGGCCCAACUCGAUGCACUUCUCUCCGCCCACGACGCCCGGUGCCACCACCACCACCACCACCGGCGGUAGUGGUCAGUACUCUUCCGCCAUCUCCGCGCUGAGGUCGCUCAGCAUUCGACCGCCGAGCCCGCCUUCCCCCACAUCAUCUCAUCCUAGCCUGUGGCCCUUCACCAAGAGCAGCACCAACAGCCCCAGCACGUCGUACAACCGCGGCAGCAACAGCUUCUUCCCGGCCACCUACGAUGGGGGCUACGCGGCCAACGGGUACGCCUACAACUACAGCUCCAGCGGCAUGGACCGCCCUCUACCUACGCGGAGGCCCACCGGGCCGGGCUACUCGAGGCCGAAAAGCAUCGAGUUGGUGACCCCGAUGGUCGGUCGUUAA